AUGGGUACUUUUUUAUAAAUAAUAAUUUCCUAGAUGUAGCCAAAUACAAUUCAGAAAAUUAUGAUCAUUUUAAAGGAACACAAUUAGAUGCAAAUACAGAUUAUGAAUCAAUUACAAGAACUUUUUUGAGAUUAAUUUUGUUUUUAAAUUAUGUAGCAGUACUAUUAGAAAUAUUCAUCAAUAAAUUAAAUGUUAAUUUAGAUUAUAUUUGUGCUAAAGCUUACAUUUUAUUGCAUUAGUUUCUCAUCAUCCAUUUUAAGUUAGAUUUGUAGCUUAAGCUGGGAUGUUGA